AUAGCUUACCUUACAUCACCUCUGCUUUGGCUACGUGGUGGUGGGAGCUACCCCACCAAGCAUGUACCUUGACCCCUCACCUCGGUGAACAGGCCACCGUAGAUUGGGCGGUGCGGCGGACCGUCACUGCAGCUUCCCCUCCACACCGUACCGGAAAAAUCGCGAGUUCCUACUUAACAUCAGAAGAUGCGCUGAAGGCAACAUCAGCUCAAUUUCACAAUGUCGGCAGAGGGAAAGAAGCCGGAGACGGCUGUCAAGGACGCCACGCCUAGCAACCCUCGAGGUAUCCCCAAGGCACCGUUCGUCGACAAGGUCGAGGACUACGUCACCACCCGCGAGGAUGUCGAGCCGACGAUGCGCAACUUCCAGGAGAUGAUUUCGAAAUACCAGUUCAUGGAGCUGAAUCUCCAGAAGAGGAUGGCUGGACUGAACGACAAGAUCCCCGAUAUCCAGAAGACCCUCGACUCGGUGCGGUUUUUGAAGCUCAGACAGGACGACGAUGAACCGAUCGAGACGACGUUUGAGUUGAACGAUACGCUGUACUCCAAAGCAAAGAUCCCGCCCACAGAGGAGGUGUACAUUUGGCUAGGCGCAAAUGUCAUGUUGUCGUACCCCGUCGAAGAAGCCGAGACCUUGCUUGAGUCCAAGCUAUCAACGGCGAAAACGAGCUUAUCAAACUGCGAGGAGGACCUGGAUUUCUUGAGAGAGCAGAUCACGACUAUGGAAGUCGCGAUCGCGAGAGUAUACAAUUGGGAGGUCGUUCAAAAGCGGAAAGAUAAGGAAGAAGGAAAGGAUAUCAAGAAGGAAAAGGACGAGGGCAAGGAUGGCAGUUGAAAAGCGAAAAUUUCGAUACCAAACCAAUUACAACUUGAUGAUUUUCUGCCACUAUUUGCACAACCGCAAUAUUGCGGCACAGCAUAAACCAGCUUUUCGCACAAGAAAACCACAAGAAGACCGGAUCAUUCAGCCGUCAAUUCAAGCAAGAGCCCUGCAAGCUUACGAAUCCCGACC